CGUGGCGGACACCACCCUGACGGUUGCUUUUAGCAGGAGUGUCUUGUGGCUGAGGUACCUUGCAGUUUUGUCACCCGCCACUGUGGCCGAAAUGCCACCUUGAACAGAGAUGGGAUUGCUCUUCAAGGUAGUUUACACCCCCACGGAACUAUUUUCUGUACUGAAGCGCUCGCGCAUGAACAACCGGAACCAGUGUACCAGCGUCGUACGCCUCUGCGCAUCGGCAUUGUGCUCUUGAAAUCACGCGUAGUCCGACCGCCGCUUUCGACACCAUCGUCUUCCUCGCUGCGCCAGUAAGUGGACAACGAAGUUAGCUUUGUUUAGUGUUACCACCUUCAAGUUGUCCCCCUGAAGAAGAGCUUUUAUCAGGUGCGGGGAGUUGAUGACCUUGAUGACCUGGAGGGUGAGUUCUCAAUCCACCCUGGUCAUCCCGAUUUGCUAGCCAUCUGCAUGCCAUCCGGUUGACCCGAAACGCAAAAGCGCAUCUGGUCUUGAGGCUUCUUGUUGCUAUUCUUACAGCCGUUGUCAACUCCAGUUUCACUUGUUCAGCCUGUUUCCUGAGCUCUCACCUGAUUCAUACGACAAACAAAAUUGCUUCAUGGUUCGGCGCAUCCUCUUCCGUGGUGGUACCACAGCAAGCUCCCCAAUUUUCUGCAGUGUGGCACUGGCCGCUGCAGAGGAGUUGGUUCUGCUACUAGUGCUUUGAGUGAAAACAUGCGGGUGCAACGACCCACGAAUUACGUCGUUCACUCGCAAAGGACUCUACCGCAAUGGAAGUGGAACGCUUAUGCAGAGGCGCCUCCGGCACCUUUGCUCGCGAGUGGCGUCGUUGCCGACGAGGACAUGAGCGUACCAGCGCUGGUUCGGACUUACCAAGCACAGAUCACAGCUCUCACUCACGCACAUGAAGAGAUCAUGCGUGACAAAGUGCGCCUGGAAAGACUGGUGGAGCCAUACGUGUGUCCCAAAACUCGAGAGCUGGUGGCGGAACCUAGCGAGGACAUUCUGCUGCUCAAGAAAGGAUUUGACAUACGCCUGCAGCAGUUUAACGAGGACUGCAGAAAAGCAUCCAAGCUAGAAUGGAUUAUCCAGCGCAAGUUGAUGCACAUAGAGGAAAAGGAGGACAAGUGGGUAGCGACUCAUCCGUGCCAAGUGGAAGCUACCUGCCGAGCACUGAAGAAAGUAAAAGACCAAGGCCGUCUUAUCAAAAUUCUUCAACAUGAGCUCGACGAAUGUCUCUACUUCAAUGACUUAUACGCUGAACAGCUUCGAAAGAUGAGGAACGAGUGUAGCGCCGGAGUUCAUGCGGGCAGGCCACAGCCUACUUUCUACACCGUUCGGACGCUUCAUCAGGACUUUGAGACGUCUUUCAAGCACGCCUCCGAUUGGGUUAAAGCCAUUCGUGUGAAUCCCCUCAAUAAUGUGAUACCUCGGCUGCGCGAACCUCCGCCUCCAGAGGGCCCCUUCGAGCCAGGUUUCGAACCUCCGAGAGAUGCGCCGCUGCAAAAACCUGUCGAGCAGCACGUGCACGGUGCACCGGCGGCGAAGCCGGGGAUAGCUGAUGGCGAAGGCACGAUGCUGUCCCAGUUGUUCAAAGCACUAGGCGGCAUCACAGAAGCGGCAGCAGAUAUCAAGAAGACUGUUGCAGACGAAAUGGGCAAGGAUCGAACUCGGCGGCGCUCUCGGGAGCCGAGCAGGGAACCGGCUGCAGACUUGCUCGAGCAAGUGUUAGACAGGCAUGGAACACGUGACGUUGAGCGGGAGUCAAUGACUUCUCCCCGUGGCGCGCGAAGAUCUCCACGACCGGGGACCGUGUCGCCUCGACACGAAAUGCGGCCGACGUUAGCGAGAGACGCCACGAUCCGGUCAAUGGAUGACGUACUUAGAAAACCACAAAGGACGAUCUCUAGCCCACGGCUCGGUUUACGCUUGGGAACUAGGACUCUCCGAUCACCCAGGAGCAUUGUGGACGAGCAGCCUGCCCCUUCCCUGAGUCGUGCCAUGUCUAGUGCUUUUCUGGGAGGGUGACGCGUAGGAGUCUUCUUUAGCGUCAACAGUGUGCCUCGUGAAUCUUCGCUGGUCCUAAGGUUUUUCCUACACGUGCUACUGUCCUCUGGAGGCUGUCUGGCGUUUUCAACUGGCAAUCGUGUUCGCCAUGACCAUGAAUUCUUCAUCGUCCGUUUGUCGUGUAGUAGUCCAGAGUACCGCCCAUGGGCGCCAAAACAUCCUCAGACGACGCCUAACAGUGGUGGGCUAGUUUCAGAGGAACAAUGUGCUUCAUCUGCAGAUCAGGUGAUACUUCGUGAAGACGGACGCGACUUUGUUGUUACCGUCUCCCGUGACCCUACACAGAACCGUUGGUGGCUCAUGUGUUCUUUUUAUCUAUCAACGGCGUUCUUCUAGGCAAGACGGUGCUGUCCGUGGAAGGGCUUUUUCCGCUGACGCUGAAACUGAGUGGAGCCCAUACACGAGCGAAACCAAAUAUGUCAACAGAUUGUAUAACUUUUCUCCCUUC